AUGCUUUUUCUUCUUCUCUCGGCAUUUUUCGCCAUCUUUUUGUUUCAGCAAUUGUACUGGAAACGAAGGAACUAUCCGCCAGGUAUUUUUGUCUAUUAAUGUUUUUAUUUCAGUCGCAUUUGUAUAUUUUUAAACGAGUUCCCGAGGGAAAUUUUUCCCUUAAGGUUUUCCGCUUCCUUUCGUGUUUGAAUUUUAGAAACCACUUUUUUUCGUAAAAUUUAUUAAAAAUUGAAUUUUCGGGUGCUCAGAAAUUUUUCCGUCUUUUCUAAAGAAGUUUCGAAAUGCAAAUUUAAGUUUUUGAACUUUAGGCUUCCUGUUUGUGUUCUUUGAAUCUGUCAGAAUUUUUGAACUCUUUAUUCCUGAAAAAAAAAGGAAUUUGUUAAGGCCCAACUCCAUUGCCUUUCAUUGGAAACUUCCUCGAGGUUCUGAAAUAUGAGGCAGGGUAUCAGGCUUUUACCAACUGGCGAAAGCAAUUCGGACCAAUUUACACAUAUUGGCUGGGUUUCGAAAAUCAUAAAAAUUUGAUCAUUUUUUAAAUGAAGGUCCUUUCCCAUUCAUUGUCAUUUCUGAAUAUGAGCGAAUGAAGGAAACGUUUGUCAAAGAUGGUGAUGCUUACACGGGAAAGUUCGGUUUAGAAGAAGCGACGGACCUUUUUCGAGGUGAGAUAUUUUAUUUUUUUGAAGAUUAGAAGCAAAAAUCAAAAAAGGCGUUGAAAAAAAUGUCGAUAACUUGAUGGUUCGUUCCUAAAGGGCCCUGGCGAAAAUUUAUAUUUUUAGAGCUACAUCUUCGUGCUUUAUGAAGCACUGUUUACAGCUAAUCAUAUAAUACUUCCGUGCUAAAUUAAAUUUUUUGAAAUAGAAAUAAAUUCUCAAAAUGUAACUAUUCUGUGCAGGGGGAAAAUAUGGAAUCAUCGACACAACCGGUGAAACUUGGAGGGAGCAUCGACGGUUCGCCAUGCAUCAGUUGAGGGAUUUCGGCGUCGGCAGGGAUUUGAUGCAGUCGAAAGUAAGUACGCUGAAAAUAUUCAUCGGUAUUUAUUUUAGGUUCUCGAUUUAAUUUUGAACUAUAACGGCAAACGCUUGUAAUAUAACUUCCUUCAAAAAUUUGAUUUUGAGAAUUUCAUCGGAAUUUUUUGUUAUGAAGUCUCAAUGCUUAGAUAAUUGACAUGAAAAUACCUUCUGCAAUUUAAAAAUUUUAACCUCUCUUUCAAACAAAAAUAUUUUCGAAAUUUUCAAAAUAGAGUUUUCCAUAUUUCAGAUCCUUCUCGAAAUGUCUUUCUUGGCUAAAGACAUCGAAAACCAUAAGGAAGGUGAAGUAAAAGUCCAGGUACCUUCCGAUAAAAAAAUUCCUUUCAUGAUUUAGUCUUGACAGGAAAUGUUCGACAUUGCCGUCGGCAGUGUGAUCAAUCAGUUUCUCUUCGGUUACCGAUUUGAUGAGGUACAGGAAAAGUUGACGAGUCAUGAGAAAAAAAAGUGUUUUUUCAGGAAAGAUUGCCCGAACUCCGACAAUUGAAAGCGUUGGUCAAGCUUCAAAUGGAAAAGGCGAGUGAUCCAAAAGCGAUUGCUCUAUGUUUCCCCUGGACCAAAUACUUGUCAAUUGGAAACGACUUCAGAGAACUGUUGGUUUUCAUUGAAAAACUCGGAAUGAAUUCACUUUUUGAGGCUAAUUCAAGUUCGCGGUCAGUUCUGGGCAUUCUUCCAACGGCAAAUCGAUGAACACAUGAAGGAAAUCGAUUUUGAUCAAGACGAGAGCAAAGAUUACGUUGAAGCUUAUUUGAAAGAGCGUAGGAAGAGAAAGGCUCCGGUUGGCGAGAAGGAGAUUUUCAGGUAAAAAGAAAUCGAAAAUAUAAUUCCUGUGAAACUUGUAUUUUAUUCAAACAUUUUUUCAACAAAAAAUGGCUCAACCUUGAUUCUUAUUUUGUUUAAAGACGGAUUUUAAAAUAAAAGUUUUGGUUGAAAUAAAUUUUGAAGGCUCUGAGUUUUCUAUUUUGAAUUCACAUUUGAAAUGUUUAUUUUUGUGUACUUCAAUUACUUGAUAAAUAAGAUUUGUUGUAUUUUAAAAAUAUGAUCGAGUUAUACUAUGAUAAAGUGAAAUUUUUAAUCUUUGAAUUUUUUUCUAAUUUUUACAAAGCGUGGAAAAAAAUAUUAAAACUAAAAUGUCUAAAAUUAGAAGCAAAAAAAUUUCAACAAAAUGAAACGCAAAAUUUCCUCUGGAUUUUCUUAAUAAUUUCCUUUCCAGUAAUGAGAACUUGAUGAAUAUUCUCGUGGAUUUGUGGUUCGCCGGACUUGAAACGACUUCCAAUACGUUGACCUGGGCCAUCGCUUAUCUUCUGAAUAAUCCCGAAGUUCAGGUAGAAAUUGAAUCCUUUUUAUUUGUUUUGAAAACAAAUUUUUACAUUUUUCAGGAAGAAAUCCAUGAAGAACUGGCGCGUGUGAUUGGAAGCGACAGGGAAAUUAUCAUGUCCGACAAAAAUGAUCUCGUUUACAUGAACGCUUUUAUCAAUGUUAGUAAGCAAGAAAUCAUAAUUAUUUUCCUCAGAAAUUUGAAAUCCACUUUUUGAAAAAGAAGCUGUAUAAAAUGUGCUCUGAACAUUCAGGAAAUCAAAAUAAUUUUUUUUUUCAGGAGUCACAAAGAUGUGCCAAUUUGCUGCCGGUGAACCUUGCUCACGUUUUAGAGAAGGAUGUCGUUUUGAACGGCUAUGAAAUUCCCAAAGGAACUGGAGUUUUGGCGCAGAUCAGUACUGUGAUGCUAGAUGAUAAAGUUCGUUUAAAAAUUUUUAAUUUUUAUUAUAAAUGUUUAGAAAAAAAUACACAACAUUCGUGAAACAGCUAGAUUUUCAUCAUUUGCAGGUUUUCCCCGAGCCGCAUAAAUUCAAUCCGAAGCGAUUCAUCGAAGACAAUGGACAAUUGAAAAAGGUAUUUUCGAUCAAAAAAAAAAAAAAAAAUCAAAACUUCGUUUUUCAGGUCGACGAGUUGAUUCCAUUCUCAAUCGGAAAACGGCAAUGUUUGGGCGAAGGGCUCGCCCGAAUGGAAUUGUUCCUUUUUACCGCCAAUCUUCUCAAUCGUUUCAAGGUAAAUUUAGGGUUCUCAGGUGUAAUUAACAAAUUAUUUCCAGGUAAAACCAGGUAGAGCCGGUCCGCCAUCGCUCAAGAAACGUAUGGGCGUCACCAUGUGUGUAGAGACAUUCACCUGCCUUUUCGAACCGAAAACAUAUUGA